GAGAUGAUCUACGACUGCCUUUUCAAGCUUGCUCCUAACGCCACUCACCUCUUCACCAAGCCCCGCGAGUAUAUGGCCAUCAAAAUGGGCGAUACGCUUGGAAUGCUAGUUUCUUUUGCUGAUGAUCCAGACGACAUGAAGAAACAAGUGGCAUCGCUGGGUCUGCGGCAUGUCAAGUAUAACGUUCGUCCUCAUCACAUUCCUCUUAUCGCCCCCGUGAUUGUCAACGUGCUUGCUGAGGCUUGCGGUGAAGCCUGGAGCGAAGAAAUCGAGCAAGCCUGGUCCACAGUGAUUCACAUGGUCUGUCAGAACAUGGUGGAA